CUAGAAGGGUAUGGAGCAUUGGUCUUGCAGGACUAACCUCUAAGGAGGAGGGGGGAAGGAAGUAGUGGGCUUUAGGACGGGCUUGAGAAGGUUGAUGCUCCUUGCAGCAAUGGAAGAGGAAAGCACCAUCCCUUAAGAGUAAAAAAAGGUUUAUUUUUAUUUUUGAAAAGGACAUUUGUCACCAAAGGAAAAAGACUGCUGAAAUGGGAGCUGAAGAAGAAGAGGUCGUUGUCACUCUCUCUGGAGUGGCACCCUGGGGCUUCCGUUUGCAGGGGGGCUCUGAACAGAAAAGACCCCUUCAAGUGUCAAAGAUCCGUAAAAGAAGCAAAGCAUGCCGUGGGGGCUUAUGGGAAAAUGAUGAACUGGUAUCCAUCAAUGGGAAAUCAUGUGCUGGCCUCUCACAUGCCAGCGCCAUGCAGAUCAUCGACUCCUCAAAUGGCAUCCUCAACAUUGUUGUAAAAAGGGCACUUAGUGGGGACCCAUCUGUUGAUGGGCUCCUGCGUUCCCCUUCCCCCCGGCAACUGCAAGUGCCCUCACCAACUCCUCCGCUCAGCCGGGCCUCCCAGUUGCGCAGUCCUGAACUGGCCAUUCCCCCUGCUGCCCUGCAACCUGAGCAGCAGCCCCGACGGCAGCAGCCCCUGGAGAACAUAACCUCACCCCCUGAUAGCGAAGCGUACUAUGCCGAGACCGACAGUGACGCUGAUAACAUUGCCCAGGAAAAGCACCGGAGAGCUCGCAAGAAGAGCCCCCGUUCUCCCCCAGGGGGGCCAAACAAUAAAGCGGGUGAGCCGCAGGAUGAAGUGUCACUUUCCGAGCUGAGCGGGUACGACAGCACCCCCGAGGCAACAGCGCAAGUUGUAGAACGUGGAGAAAACCACAGCGGCGUGGCCAAGAGGGAGAUAGUGUGCCAGCCGGGAAGUCGCACUGACACCCCCUUCUCAGAGAGUGAAGCUUUGCUACUGCAGCCACCCUUACCUGAAGACAGAGAGCCUUCCCCAGAGGCUAUGCUCCUCCCACAUGCAACUAAGAACAUUCGAGCAGAGAGGCACCUCAUCCCUAUGAUAGGGCCUGUGGAGCACCCCGUCGAUGAAGACCUGACCACCUCCUAUGCAGAGAAAGCCAAAGAAGCCAAGCUUCAUCGCAGUGAAAGUAUGCAGGAAAAGAAUGUGAAAGAAGCCAAAACCAAAUGCCGAACCAUUGCAUCCCUGCUGACAGAUGCGCCCAACCCCCAUUCCAAGGGUGUCCUGAUGUUCAAAAAACGCCGCCAGAGGGCAAAGAAGUACACCCUGGUCAGCUUCGGAAGCGUUGAUGAAGACCGCUGCUAUGACGAAGAGGACGGUGUCUUCCCAACCAGCGAAUCUGAGUUUGACGAGGAAGGCUUCUCUGAUGCCCGGAGCCUAACAAACCACUCAGACUGGGACAAUACUUACCUUGACAUUGAGAAGCCCAAGGGGCCUCCUGCCCACGAGCAGGACCAGGCUCAGCAAGGCCUCAGCGGAGCAUCAGGCAGGGGGGCACAGUUGUUUGAGCAGCAAAGGCAGAAGGCUGGUGAACAUACUGUGGAGAGAGUCGCUACUCAUGAGCCAGAAGAACAGCCCCCACCUCCACCUGUCCUUCAAGCACAUAACGUGUUACACAAUGAAGUACCCACUCCACAGAAGGCAGAAAGGGCCCCUCUGAGUGUCCACUUAGAAGCUGUGCAGGUCUCUAGCCAGCUGCCAUCACCCAGCCCAGCUCAGCUCCAGUCUCCAUCAGGCAUCUUCGGAGGAGGAGGAGUGGGCGCCCAGAACUCGCCAAGUGCCACCAGCAUCUUCAACAGAUCUGCCCGACCUUUUACUCCAGGUUUUCCCGGGCAACGUCCUAUGACUUCCUCUGUCAUGUUCAGACCAUCUGCGCCAAGGAAAAGCAGCGAGAGUUUGGGUGGACAGAGAACAGUGGUGCCUCCUUUCUCCCCUGUCACUCCAGGGACCACUCUGCUUCCUGCCGCUCCCAUGGCAGUGCAGCCUAGUGGCCCAGCAAGUACCUCUGUGUCUCUGUAUAUCCCAACCCCUCCAUCGUUGGUGCAACUCUCAGGGGCUGGAAGUUCUGCGGAGGCCAAGCCACCUUCCAACACAGCCCGAACCUCCACAGCUUCCAUAUACCUAUCAGCACCUUCUAAGCCAGCUGCAGAGGCUGUCGCUGCUACACCACCGCCAUUGCUGCCUUCCCAAGGCCAAGAGAUGGCUUCUUCAACUUUGUACAUCAGCCCAGUCCAACAGCAGCCCCUCUCCCAGCCCUACACUGCUGUAGUGCCAGCCAUCUCACGGCCUGCUUCUGAGCCCUUUGCCUCCAGGGAACAGAGAGUUGCAGUUCCGGCUCCCAGAACGGGAAUCUUGCAGGAGGCUCGCCGGAGGAGCAGCAAGAAGCCCAUGUUCAAGACUGUGGAGGAGAAGAAGAAGAAUUCCCCCAACCCUGAGUUGCUGUCUCUAGUGCAGAACCUGGACGAAAAACCCAAAGGAGACCACCACGGGACAGGCUUUGAGUCUGGGCCCGAGGAGGACUUCCUCAGCCUGGGGGCUGAAGCCUGCAACUUCAUGCAAGCCUCGGGCCGGAAGUUCAGGACCCCACCCCCAGUAGCUCCUAAGCCCCAGCAGUCAAAGGCCUCUGGUGGACUGGUGAACGGCUCCUCCUCUGCCAACGACAUAUCCCAUUUGAAGGGGAAAGGGGCAGAGCUCUUUGCCAAGCGACAGAGCCGCAUGGACAAGUUUGUCGUGGAGUCUGCUCUAUCACCGGCCCCAAAGGCCAGGACCCCAUCCCCGACCCCUUCCCUGCCUCCCUCCUGGAAGUACUCCCCCAACAUCCGCGCCCCACCCCCCAUCGGUUACAACCCACUGCUCUCUCCGUUUUAUCCCCUGGGAGCCAGCAGGUCACAAGCCAGCAAGGCAGAGAGCAAAGCGAAAAAGGGGCCCAGCCAGAAAUCGGGGAUCAAGGCCAUCGACUUCAUGCGGCACCAGCCGUACCAGCUGAAGUCCGCCAUGUUCUGCUUCGGGGAUGUGCCAGGCUCUGACGUCCAGGCCUCCUCCGCAAGCCAGGCAGCCCAGCAAUCCAGCCUGUCUUUCACCCCAGCCAAGCAAGUGCCUGUGAAAACAGCCCGGACCUAUGAGAUCCGCCGCUUCUCCACACCUGCUCCAGCGCCAGCUUCCAGCAGCCUGGCCCCUACAGUGCUGGCCCCCCGCUCUGCCACCACGUUGGAUGAGCCUAUGUGGAGGACAGAAAUGACCUCCAUCUCUGCACCCGCUUCCCCGGGGCCCUUCCAGGUGGCUCCCACACAGUAUCUAAGCUCCCCUGACCUCAGCCAGCCAGGCAGGGGGCCUUCCCCAAGCCGACCCUCCUCAUCCUCCAGUUUCCAUGUAGCGAGACCCAGGUUCUCAGCUGCGCAAACUGGGAUGCAGGCACAUACCUGGAGACCAAGUUCUGGUCACCAGUGAAAGAGAAAUAGCGCUUCCCCAUCCCCAUCAGUGGGCUUCUUCACACGUCGUGAUUUUUUAGGUGUACACCUAAGGGGUUUUUGGGGGGCGCAUACAUCUAUUAAUUUAAAGUGUAAAUGCAGCAGUUCAUCCUAAAAGUGCACCCACCAGAGAGCUACAAUUGGCUGCAGCUCACUUCUGAGUGCCCACUUUGUGGCAAACCCAGGUUUGCUGCUGUGUGAUGAGAUGAGAUGGCCCACAGACGCAAGGCAGGCGUUUGAACAGAAUAGUUACCUUUAGCACCUCCCCCUCCCCCUCCUUUUCUGUUUAAGUUGAGUUCCUGUAAAUUAGGACAAUGAAACCAAAUGGGGGGCAAGCAGCCUCCUUUUCCGAAUCCCUGAACUAUCCAUUUUUUGGACUUGCAACAUUUCCAAGGGAUUUAACUGUGUGUGGCUGGAACAGGAGAAAAGUAGCAACGAUAGAAGGGUUUGCCAUUCACGUAGCAGCAAGAUUCAUAACCGCCCUAGGAAAAGCAGUGCUGUGCAGCUGUAAGCAAGUGCAUUUUUAUCUUUGAGAACAGCUCCUCGCCUCAUCAUCCAGAAGCCCUGAGCAUGGUGGUAAGGUGGAAAAGAAGCAGUCGCAGAGGCAUGGAUGGAGUCUCCUAAUUGUCUCUCAACAUCUGCCUGCUAUAGCCCACAAAUUCAAAGUUUUCAUCACUCUCUUCCCAACAGGAUUGUCUUGGAAGCUUGUUGUGAGUUCCUUGGGGAGGCAGCCAGUGAUGUAUUGCAAGUUUCCGCUUGUGCUAGGCAUAAGAGACCCAGUUUUUGCCCUGCCUUAACUGAGAGCAAUGCUGUAGCACAGCCAAAAUUUUCCAAGGAAAUGCAAAUUGUUGUUAUUAUUUCUUAAAUUUGUAUAUGGCCAUUUAUCUGAAGAUCCCAGGGUGGUUCACAUCAGAAAAUCACUUUCUCUCUUGCAUUUACAGGAAAGGCUUGGCAGGCAUUUCCUCAAUGUCCCUGUGUUAUGACUCUGCCUCCACAUUAGCAUUAUGAAGCAAAUACGACGACUGCCAGGCAUGGCAUUUGCCUUGUAACAUGCUGUUCUCUCUUGAAAUGCCCCAAGACUAUGCCCCAGAAUCAUCUGCUUCUUCAACAUAUAAGUCAGAUAGAAAGUUUGAAAGCAAUUGGUUGACACAGAUGUGUGUGCCAUUUGCUACAUAAUUAAAUGAGACAGGAGACACAAAUUUCUCAAAGUUUCCUGGUCCUCCUCUGAACAGCCGAACGAGAGGCUGUGCAGGACUGCAAGGGCUGAAAAGACAAUGUUGUGUGUCGAAGCACCAGAGAAGGAGAAUCCUUUCAGAAAAAUGAAAGGAAGACCAAGUGUGGAAUUUUGGAGUGCAAGGUUUGACAUUAAUCUCUUGCUAGAAUAGGACACUGUAAGUGGGAGGGAGGAAUGUGUGAACAAGUGUGGGAGUGGUUUUCAGAGUCCACAGGACAGAGUUUUAAGGCGUUCCUGUACCUCAGAUGUUUGGUCCAAUGUCUGACAAGCUAGCAACUGGAAAUGCAAUUCCAGGGCCAGUUUUUGUAGACUCUCCCAGGUCAAUGAAAGCUAGCAGGGAGAGAAGGGAUGGCUAGGAGUUUUAUAUCUACUCAAAGCCAGGAAGGGAUAGUAGAACAGGCAGCUUGCUGGAAGAACUGCCCAGGAUGUGCUUGGGGUGUUUUAUGCAUCCCCCGAAGCAGGUGGAAUUGACUAGGCCUACGGCCUCCUGUAAUGUAUCAUUGCUGCACAGUUUAGAGCCACUCGUGAGUUUUUGGGGGGUGAAGUUCUUAAGUGGGGAGGCUCCCCAUGUGAUUUAGAGCCCUAUGCGUUUGCACAAGAGGAGACUGAGCGGCUGAAUAAGGCUUGUAGCAUGGAGAAAAGCAUGUCUGCCAUUUGAAAUCAAUGCAUCAUGUAUAUGUUUGGGCCAGUUAUUAUGAGGCUCAAACAGCAGCUGAGAUGCCGAUUCCUUACUCCCUGCUGGUUGGAGAAGAUACACACACAAAAAUACAUAUAUACUGUAUAUAUGAGAAUGCUCCUGAUCUGGGAGUCAGGUGAUCCCAAAGAGCCAAUCCCCUGUCACUGCCUGUUAUCGUAACAGUUUGGUGCACCCUUAUCUUCUUCAGCUUUGUAGAUGGAGUCUAGAUAUUGUUGGGCUACAAACUCCCAUCAUUCCCAGCCACCUUAGCCAACUGUAAGAGAUGAUGGGUGUUGGAGGCCAACAACAUCUUGAGAUGCAGUGUCGAAGAACACAGGCCUGAACUCAGCUGUCUGUUGCAGGAAGUUAUCCUUUCAGCAGGCGUUGAUGGUUGAGGUGGGGCUCCAAAUGCAAGAGGAUGGAUACCGGUAGGUUCAAGGAAGAGUAGAUAUGAAAUACUGGUUAACAUUGUCUGAAGAAUGCUAAGUCUGAAGAAUGCAAACCUGUCAUUCAAGAGGGAGACAGAUGGAGCACAAGGGUGGUUUGUAAUGUGUUGUUUCCACAUCCAGAUAUGUACUUAGGCCCAAGUUCAAAAAAAAUUGGGAGGCCUCAGCCUCCGUGUAGUCCUGUUGACCUCAUGCAGCCAAGUUUGAGUGUUGAGACCUAGCAAAAUUGGGGCUGGGGAGGAGGGUGUUGACCACUGAGACAUACUUCUCAAAGCUGCUGUGCUGUGAAAUGCAGGUUGCUAGUUUCUGACUCUUUUGAGCCUCCUGUGUGUUUAACAGCUGCUUGACUGCAAGAAGCACUGUAGUGAUGAUAGCAGAACCUCCCUGGCCUGGCACGGCUUGCUCUGCAGCAACCAAAGGCAAAAAACCUCUCUUGGUGCCCUUUCACCAAGAGCCUUCAUGGAAAGGCUUAGUACAGGCAGGAAGUACAGAUCAGGGUAGUGAUAGGCUUACCUUUGAAAACGGGUGCCGGGCACCAUGAGAAUGUAGAAGAUAGGCUCUUCCCAUUCCUUCUGCCUAGCACAGGUUUUCAUAGUUUAAGAAGAGGUGUGAAAUGGUGGGGGGGGGGAAGGAAGCCUCUUUGCAAGAAGCCUGAGAAGGGAGCACACUAGAGGAAGGAAUCCAGUGGCUCUGUUCUACAUGACAGCCCCUGUUGAGCCAGUCUGUGCUCUAGAACAGUGUUUCCCAACCAGUGUGCAUCAUUCCUGACCACUGGUCUUGCUAGCUAGGGAUGAUGGGAGUUGUAGUCCCAAAACAUCUGGAGGCACACUGGUUGGGAAACACUGCUCUAGAAAGGUUCCAAGUCCAAUCUUACAGCUUAGGAAGUGAAACAAGAUGCUAGAAUUCAGAACAGCUUAGGAAGCAAUACCAGGAGCUAGAAUACAGAACAAGAGUUGGGAGCAAGGCAUUUGGAGGAGCUCUUGAUGAGGCUUCUGUCAUUUUCAUUUUCACAGUCGCACACAACCCAGCUGGAAACCACACCAGUGAAAUCUUCAUGUUACCCUUUGUCAGAUAUCUUGUCAUUGUUUGCUAUUUAGACUGGCAGCUCUCUUGUUUCUCCGGGAGGGUGUUCAAAUUUCACACCCAAGAAAUGAACCUGCCAGCAACAUCCUGAAAUACACAGGGCUGUACAUCUCAAGCAGUAAGAGAACUUGUUCUGUUCUUUUGGAAAUAUUUUUAUUUCAUUUUAUUUUUGAAGUUAAAAGUCACUUUACAACUGCUUGUGCUGAGGAAUAAAUUUCUGAUACGCACUUUAA